UGGUAAAAUGAAUAGAAAACGGUCGCCAUUGUUGACUGAGGUGAAUUUCUUUGUUGAUAAAUGAAGGAAACAAAAAAAACGCUUUUUAUUUGUCAUUAGCCUUUUCUAAAUUUUCUCCACCUUCUGCGAAUUAUCAUGAGCUUUAAGUCAAAAGGUAAUCAGAUUUUUGUAAAAUAAGGAUUAUCCUUUUGGUAAUGACCUAUUAAGUUAACAAUAGACGUCGAAAAGGCUGGCUACACUGGUUGAGAUUUGAGAUUGAGAAACUUCAAUCGAUUCAGUCGUUGUUAUUGAAAUGUUUGCAGUCUAUUUUUCAAAUGUCUCUUUUGGAUCUUUAUAAAUUACCAAUUCUAAGUAGGCCCCAUUCAUUAAACUAGGGGUCAUAAGGCCUGCUUACUUGAUGCAUCUCUAAUUGUACAACAAGGAAAUGUUACAUUAUUUUAAUUCCUCUCAGUCUCACCCCCACUCACAAACUCAAACUUUUGCCCUGUACUUGUACAGAAAUUUUAGAAACUGUUUCAAGUACUGAAAUUAUUAAAUAAUCUUUUUUUUGUUUUUGCAUGCAAACAAUUAUUUAGAAGUGUCCAUGUUAACUUAAGUCUGUAAAAUACAUUUAUUUUCAACUUUCUUUCUACUAGUUCCAGUACUAGUCAUAGUCUGUACACAGUACUGUACUUGUACUGUUAAUUAAGAUUAAGUAUCAAUUAUAAUCAAUUAUUAAUUUAUUCACAAUUCAAUCAAAAUCAAUGAAUGUAGAUUCCUCAGCCUUGCCUUUUUCCCAUAUUUGACAUUAGCCUAAUGUUCACAGCAAAAUAGUAAAUAUAUAAUAUAUUAUAUAUUAAAUAAAUAUGUAGAUGAUUUUUCACGCCCAAAUCAUUAUUGAUAUUGGGCUAUGUGAGCCUGUUGAUCACUGUACAUUUUCUUGAAAUCGUAACCUAAAUAUUAUAGAGUGUAAUCUAGUAACUGUUUGUAGAACCACCUACAAACACUUAUUAAUAUAACUAAGAUAGUUUCAGGUUUGCACCAGGUCUGCUAGAUGUGGUCUCCUUUCACAUUGAAUUAAAAAUGUAAGAAAAAAGUGAAGAUUGUGUAAAGUUUUGCUGCUGCACACUUUGGAAAUCAAUGGUCUAUAUUUUAAAAUUCUAUUAAUAGUUUAUAUAAUUUUGGGGGAGCUUAUUCAAAUCUGGGCCAAUCAGGUAAACAUUUUCAUGGAAUACUAAAUCCAAGAUUUUUGAGACUACUAUUUACCAAAUCUGACUUAAACUAGCUAUUUUCAUUUAAAAGUGUUUAUUACUUCACUUGGGAAGGGUGUAAAGAUGUUAGGAUGCGUGUGCAUCCUAGGGAGGAUGCGUGUGCAUCCUAGGGGAGAUUAUUCUUGAAUUUUUCUCGAACAUGUGGAUAUAAGAAUAUAAAGUUUGUGUUGAAGUAGCAAGUUUUUCGGGUGUAUAACUAUUGGGGGCUUUUUAUGUUUUUUCUUCUUCUUGGUUUUGCUGGGUGUUGAAUUCCCAAUCAACAAGCGGUUUGAAAUCGACAUAAUUCAGAACGCAAAGCAACCCAGCCACUCAUUUUAACAUGAAAGUUUAUUGACUAUCUUUGAAUUUUUAAAUAAAUUUUGGAUCUGUUAGGGUAGAAAUAGUAUUAUUUUCAGAGCCAAAUACAUUUUUAACAAAAUGGAUAUUCGGCCGAGGCGAUUUCCAGUUUUUCUCUAAGCCUAAGAGAGGGCCCACGCUUAAAAGUGUCACUAUCUGUAUAAAAAUUUUUAAAAAAGAAAGAAACUCACCAGCAUAGAGUGAAUGAGCUGUGUUUGAUGAUGGUGUAUAGAUUUAUGUAUUUGCAGUUAUCAAAUAUUGGGCACUUUUUUCAAUAAUAUCCAUUUAUUUACGAGAUACACUGUUCUUAAAAUGUUUGCUGGGAUUAUUGUGUAGCUAAAGUCACCUACUUGAUCAAAACUUCAGUAAUUUAGUUUAGCUUGACUGAACCCUCUUGAGAUGGAGCCUUUUUGGACUGUCUGUGGCAAAAUGACAGAGCCCUUCACUUAUUUUGCAAAAUAUUUUAUGAAAAAUAAACUAAUUACUUUACAAAUUUAAAACUAUGUAUACAUUGGGAAUUGAAUAAACUCAUACUGUCUUUAUGAAUCUAACUGAAAUCUCAACAUUUUUGCAAAUGAGAUAGCCUGGUUUGCAUAAUCCAUGUGUGCAAUUUUUUUUUACACUUAAAUUAAAAUUGUCUUAGUUGCAGAAUUUUGUUAAAUUUUAUGAUAGUUGAAGUCUAAUAUGUCCUUGUAUUUAUUUGAAUGAUAUUCAAUGUAAAAACUGCAAAAAAUAUUCCCCUGGGGCUGUUAGGACUUUUGGCAUAUUUCAAGGUCACAUAUUUUUUAAAGGAUUUAUAGGGGUCACUAGGUAAAAAAAAAUUAUGUAAAAUGACAGAACACAGCAAAAUAUCAAUGGAAGCUGCCAUUUAAAUGUCGAGAUGAGCCAGAAAUGUGAGAAGCAAUUUGAUUAGCUGGUUGUAAGACCAGCCAGCCAAUCUCGAGGCUUUCGUCUUUUUGUCUUUUUCACUAUAACACUCUGGGCCGAUAGAUCAGCCCUGCCAUCUCUCAAGAGGGUUAAGAUUAUAAUUUUGCUCCAUAGACCUAAAUUUUAAAAGUAUAUUUAAAUUUUUUAAAUUCUGCAGGUGUUGAAGGGGAGAAUGUACUGGAUGACAUCUUGGAUGAUUGUCAUGGAGGGGAUGACUUUUCUGCUGAGAUGAGUGAAGACACUGGUAAAUGUAAACAUUUAAAAAUCCGAUAAUUUUAUAGAAAAUAUGAAAUUUUAAUUAAGACUGUGAUAUGGUACUUGGUGAUUUAAAAAAAAAAAUGCAUUUAAAAAAUAAUCUCAUACACUAUUUGUGAUGGUGAUGGACUAGGCAAAACAAACAUGAAUUUGGGACAAUGAAUGGAAAUUAAUAGAGGAAAUACACUAUUUCAACUAAUAUGUUAUGCCAGGUUGGCAUAGCGAUUAUCAUUGAGCUUACACCACAUAUCUGCCUUUAAAUUGGUAUCAAUGUUACUGGAUAUGUAUGUCUUUUGACUUAAUGAAUGCCUUGGUGCUGCAAUGUUAAUCCAAAAAUUAAAAUAAUUUUGAAACUCACUAUUUCAAUACUUCCAUAUUGCUGUAAUUUUUUAAUACUGCAGCGCUUUAAAAAAAAAUAUUAUUGGAAGAAGGAUCAAAUUAAAUAAAUUGACACCCACAUAUAUUCUAAUACAAAAGAGUGACUAUUAUUACUUGUUGAACUUUCAAACAUUUUGUGCCUUAUCUCUGAAUUUUUAAAGUUACAUGUUUUCACACUCAUGAGAUGAAUGAAGCCGAAGACAUCAGGAAUGUUAUAUUGAUUUUAGGGAUUUAUAAAAGUGUGUAUGAUACAAUCAGAUAUCUGCUGAAGGGAGUAUAUAGACCAGUAUAUUUAUAUGUUUUAUCAAUAUGAUGCUCCAUUUGUUGAUUGUUCGCACACCCACCCACCCAAUGCUUGGUACUUGACUAAUCAGAUUUUGCUUAUUGGUUUAAUAUAUGAGAUAAUCUAUCUUUCUGAGACUUAAUAAAUUCUUUAGGGCAAAAUCCAAAAAAACAACUUUUGCUGUUCAAUAAUACCUUUUCAAGUCUCAUUGAAUUUUAUAUGUAUAUAAUACCAUGUUAUAUUUUAGGACGAUGUUACUUCUCUUAUAUGGGCAUUUGUAGUAGUAGUAAGGGUUAGGUUUGCACACCAGCACUCUAGACACUAGUGAACUUUCUCACUUGAAUGGCAAUUUUGUGAUGUUCUAUAUCACAGUUACAGUGGUUAAAGAAUUAAAAGAAACACCUAAGUGAUAAUGAAAUUCAGUUAUUUGCUGUUGCCUCUUCUGUUAUAAAUUCAAAAUACAAUUUUGUUUCAUCUUACAGACACUCAGUUACGAAGCUCACAAAGAGGUGUGAAAAGAACCUCAACGUCAACUAAUAAACAGGCUGAUGCAAGAUUAAAAAUUAUAAGAUUAUCUUCAGGAAAAGUGAAUCAGAAUGGAGAUGCCCCAGGUAGAUGAAGUUCCUUGAUUUUUUUCUUUAAAUUAAAAAAAAAAAAAGCAAAUUGAAACUUAAAAAUAAAAAUAUUAAUUAAUUACAACUGACACUGACAAGUAGGGGUGUGCCGGACCCCGGUCCGGAAUCCGGUUCCGCCGGAUUUUGCACUAUCCGGUGAAAUCCGGUUCCGCCGGAUUUACAUGUAUCCGGAACAACCGGAUUCCGGAAUCCGGAAUAUACCGGAUUUCGGAAUUUGCCAGAUUUUGUGACUCACCGGAUCAUAAUCUGAAAUAAAAGUAAUUCUCUUUCCCGAAUUUCACACGAUCACGAUACAUUAAUCGAUUGUUUCGAGCGUUGAGCUUGUUUAAUGUUUAAUAUUCCGUACAUACCAGAGGCUAGAGUCAGCACCGCUAAUAGUGGCCAAUAGUGUAGGGACUUUGAUAAGAAAAUUUAAACUUUUUGUAAAAAUAAACCAAUGGCAUAGUUGAAAAGAUGUAAUUUUUUAAAGAAUUAUAACACCAAAAUCAUAUUUUUAGCUGUUGUAGUUUUAAAGUUAUGAAUUUUUAAAGUACGACUUGGUUUGUCAUUUUUUAACAUGGACUGCAUCUCCACAUUCUGUGAUCUCAUUCCGCCAAUCCCGUCAUGCGCAAUGACUAUAUAGUUUAUAUAAGGCAACGCAUUCCCUGCCUUAUCACUAAAAUACUGUUUAGACUUAGUUUAAACUUUCAACUUUGGCACAUGAAUAAUUAAUUAAAGCUUUCCCUGACCAAUGGUUUAAUAGUUUUUGCACACGGCAAACUCUUAUGAAUGAAACUCUGAGGUAGUACUACGAUACAGUUAUGCAAGUGGCUGUGAAUGGUUGCCAAUGACAACGUGUUGCACACGGUAAAUUCUGAUCAUUUAUAAUAUGGAUUCUACCGGGUUGUUAAAGCUCAAAUUAAAACAUUCCAGUUUAAAUGUCUUUAAAUGCAUUCUGAAACACAAGUUAUCAAUUAUUUUGAUGUAAAUAGUGAUAAUAAAUUAAUAUUUCCUAAGUAUCGUCAACUUCCGCCAUUAAAAAGGGGGGCGUGGCCAACCCCAUGGCGAAAUUAGGUUGAGCGAGCUGCAUAACCUGCUGCGAACGCGUAGAAACAUGGCGUCUCUCGUAAGACACUUAUCCAAAUGGAACGGAACUCAAAUAUAUAUCGAAAGUACUAAUUUAAUAAUAAAUAGACACACACAUCGGAAAAUUAAAAACUCGGAUUUUUUGGCGCCGAUUGCGAAUUCCCAUACACAAAAAGUAGUAGUCCACCUUGACUUACCGAAGUAUCUACCAAUAGUACCAAAAUCCGGAAUCCGGGAGAAACCGGAAUCCGGAUCCGGCGGAUUUCGCAUAAGAAAAUCUGGAUCCGGUUGGAAAAAACGGAUCCGGCACACCCCUACUGACAAGAACGUAUCAGUAAUGGUCAGAAUCCUCUCACACACACCAAGGGAUAGCUUAAAGCAAAAAUUUUUUAAUUACCAGCUUCAAGCCAAAUCAAUGCAUUUUUCAGAACAAGCAGGUUAUCAUAUUCCAAACUUGGCAUUAAUGUCUACUUGCAAGAUAAUUAUUAAAUUUAUUUUUAAUGUUAAAAUAAUUGAGAUAGUUGUUAAACAGAUAUGGAGGCGAUUUACAAAAUUGAAUAUCGUUAACUUUUAAAUGGAAUGCUCAAUAAUUGCACUAUCAGAGAAUUACAAAAAACGUGUAAUUUAUUGCUAUAGUGUAUUUGAAGUCUGAUGCAAACAGAGAUUUAAUAAAAAAAAUUAUUUAUAAAAGCCGUAAAUUCAUUUCGAAUGUAUCUGACAAUAUGAACAUGCUCAUUUGUUAGCCUGAUAAAAUAUUGCAUUCAUUCACGUUCCAAAUGCUAUGUAAAUUCAUUAAAAUAUUUUAAAAUCAAUAUUAAAUUUCAACACAAUUAAGAAAAAAAUAGUUCUGUUCUUGUGUAUUUUCAAUUUGUUAAAUCAUUUGUAUAAAUGUUUUUUAAUGAUAUUUUCUAAGAUUUACAUUUAAAUUAAUGAGAAGUCACUUUUAACUUUUUUGUGUUCCUCUGCCAAUGCCUCUGACAAUUUUAUCUACUAAUCUUACUUAUAUUUAAUGUAAUGUAAUGUUACUACUUUUUUUUUUUUAAAGCCUCUGAAUUUGUAGUUAUAAAUCUGUUAAAUGGAACAAAUUAAAUAAUUUUAAUUUCUAAAACUGACAAUUAAUUUUUAAUGUAAAAUAUCCACAGCAUUUUAAUACAAGUAAUAUUGAUAAAGUAUAAAUACUUUGCUUUUCAUACCUACAAAUAAUAAAGGUGCAUGCAGCUCUCUUAGCUCAUCCUCUGGUAUGUGUUAUUGAAAUACAUUUGUGAUGCAGAUAGAUUUUGCUGGGUUUUGUUUAGCUCAUUGUAAAACAGUAAUUCAUAGAUAUUGUUUUUCAGCAAAAUAACACUCACAGAUCAAAGUAGUCUGUAUUAGUUUCUAUUUAUUAUUGUAAUCGUAAUAAUUAUAUAUUUAUUUUUUAUUGUUUUUGUAAUUGCUAAUCAAAAUAAUUAAAAAGCUAUAGCAUAUAAGAACUUGAUGAAAUGGAAAUCAGGAAUUUUUGUGACCAACAUAUAAAUAAGUUAAAAAUUGAAUUUAGAAAUGAAUUAUUUCAAUGUUUAAACCUACAAAUUAAUAAAUAAAUAUGUUAAUUAAGUGAAGGAUUUAUUGAAAGCCUUGUUAUUUUCCUGGUGCACUUUUCACAUCGAUUGGUAUUGUCAGGAAAAAAAGACAUUUGUAUUGUUAUUUUCAAAAACAAAUAAUCUGGAAAUGUCAAUGUUGCACUAGACAAGAAUGAAUGAUGCAACUUAAUACAAGAAACACUAAGCUAAAAAAAAUAUUUACUGAAUUUAAAGUUAAAAAUCAAAGUAGAAUGUUGUUUUUCCUCUGAAUGCACCUUAAAUAUCCAUAACACCAACUUUGCUAUAUUCUUGCUUUCAUUUUCAAAUGCCAAUUAAACCACAUCACACAAAUUUGAGUGUGAUAAACAUACACAUUUAAUUCCCUAAAAUGAUCAAAUUCUUGAAAUCUUCUUGGUCUAUUAAUGCUUUCCGUCAAUAUUUAUUGAUAUUUUACAUAUAAUCUUCACUACUUUUUUUCCCUUAAAUUAAAUAAUUUUGUUUAUACAAACAAACAAAAAUCUGUGCACUGCUGCUGUUGUGGACGCAAAUACUAUUAACUGAUUUCUUAAAUUGAUUUCUUAAAUUGGAUAAAGAAUUUUGAAAUCUGCUGAUAUUAACUAAAGGCUGUUAAAACCAUUUUAACAACUUAAUACUGCAUGUGGCCGUUUUAUAGAAUUGUUAUAUUAGUUAUUAAGGAGUUGUUUUUUUUUCAAAUUGUCAGAGCAAGAAGAGUCAGAUGAUGAAGAAGAUGAUGAUGAUGAUGAAGAAGACGAGGAGGAAGAUGAGGAGGAAGAUGGAGACGAAGAAGAAGAAGAUGAUGAUGAUGAAGAAGAAGAGGAUGAGGAUGAGGAAGAAGAAGAAGAUGAUGGAGAAACAGUUGCUGUAAAAGAAGAAAAGCUUGACAUUAGUUUAAAUGCAGAGGAUGAAAAUAUACAAUCAGGUAUUAAUCUUUUUUCAAUACAAUUUUGUGUUUUUAAAUAUUGCCUUAAUUAGGAAAAAGUAUGUGUGAUUUAGCUUAAUAAUUAAGUGUGAUAAGGAAUGUCAUUUCUCUAUAAAGGAGAUAAAUCAAAGAGAAAAUCACAGCGAGGAAUCUCACCAAUUGAAUGGGAUAGGAGGAGUGAAGGCUCAAAGAACAAGGCAAAAGAUGGCAGUCCUACAGAUCUGGGCGACAGCUCAUCAAAAGAUUCAAAGGGUAGAGACAAAGAGGAAGAUAGACGUUAGUUUCAUUUUUUAAAUUUAGAUUUAGAAGUAAAAAAUGCCCAAUUUUAUUUCAAUUUAAUUUAACUGGUCAUCAAAAAAAAACCACCCAUAAAUAUUGUUUGUUUUUAUCAAAGUUCUUUUGCAAAAAAAAAAAUAAAAUCUAUGUCAUGUAUUAAAUUUACAGAUUAUCUUAAUAUUAAAUCUGUGAGUUUUUAAAACCUAAGAAAAUAUUAGCAAGGAAGCUAUUCAGUAUUCUGUGGCUCAUGCAUUUCAUUUUUUUUUAUGGUUCGCAAAUUUUAAAUAUUUUCAAGUACUAUAUCUCUUUAUCUUCUUCAGAGUAUUGGUCCAAAUUAAAAUAUUUAAUGCGAGGUGCUCGAUUCUUCCUGGUAAAGAGCAAUAACCAUGAGAAUGUAGCCUUGGCCAAAGCUAAAGGUGUUUGGUCAACUCCUCCACAAAAUGAAGCAAGAUUCAAUCAAGCGUUUAGGGUAAUUAUUUUUAUGAAGUAGAAACAUGUAAUUAUUGAGAAUUUAGACUUGCAUAAUUCAUUCACAAAUAUGUUCUUCUUAACCCCAUAACUGUCAUAUCGGCUAGGGGUGUGCCGGAUCCGUUUUUUCCAACCGGAUCCGGAUUUUCUUAUGCGAAAUCCGUCGGAUCCGGAUUCCGGAAUAAUCCGGAUUCCGGUUUCUCCCGGAUUCCGAAUUUUGGUACUAUUGGUAGAUACUUCGGUAAGUCAAGGUAGACUACUACUUUUUGUGUAUGGGAAUUCGCAAUCGGCGGCAAAAAAAUCUGAGUUUUUAAUUUUCCGAUGUGUGUGUCUAUUUAUUAUUAAAUUAGUACUUUCGAUAUAUAUUUGAGUUCCGUUCCAUUUGGAUAAGUUUCUUACAAGAGACGCCAUGUUUCUACGUGUUCGCAGCAGGUCAUGCAGCUCGCUCAACCUAAUUUCGCCGUGGGGUUGGCCACGCCCCCCUUUUUAAUGGCGGAAGUUGCCGAUAUUUAGGAAAUAUUAAUUUAUUAUCACUAUUUACAUCAAAAUAAUUGAUAACUUGUGUUUCAGAAUGCAUUUUAAAGACAUUUAAACUGGAAUGUUUUAAUUUGAGCUUUAACAACCCGGUAGAAUCCAUAUUAUAAAUUAUCAGAAUUUACCGUGUGCAACACGUUGUCAUUGGCAACCAUUCACAGCCACUUGCAUAACUGUAUCGUAGUACUACCUCAGAGUUUCAUUCAUAAGAGUUUGCCGUGUGCAAAAACUAUUAAACCAUUGGUCAGGGAAAGCUUUAAUUAAUUAUUCAUGUGCCAAAGUUGAAAGUUAAAACUAAGUCUAAACAGUAUUUUAGUGAUAAGGCAGGGAAUGCGUUGCCUUAUAUAAACUAUAUAGUCAUUGCGCAUGACGGGAUUGGCAUUGCGCAUGACGGGAUUGGCGGAAUGAGAUCACAGAAUGUGGAGAUGCAGUCCAUGUUAAAAAAUGACAAACCAAGUCGUACUUUAAAAAUUCAUAACUUUAAAACUACAACAGCUAAAAAUAUGAACUUGCAUAACUGUAUCGUAGUACUACCUCAGAGUUUCAUUCAUAAGAGUUUGCCGUGUGCAAAAACUAUUAAACCAUUGGUCAGGGAAAGCUUUAAUUAAUUAUUCAUGUGCCAAAGUUGAAAGUUAAAACUAAGUCUAAACAGUAUUUUAGUGAUAAGGCAGGGAAUGCGUUGCCUUAUAUAAACUAUAUAGUCAUUGCGCAUGACGGGAUUGGCAUUGCGCAUGACGGGAUUGGCGGAAUGAGAUCACAGAAUGUGGAGAUGCAGUCCAUGUUAAAAAAUGACAAACCAAGUCGUACUUUAAAAAUUCAUAACUUUAAAACUACAACAGCUAAAAAUAUGAUUUUGGUGUUAUAAUUCUUUAAAAAAUUACCUCUUUUCAACUAUGCCAUUGGUUUAUUUUUACAAAAAGUUUAAAUUUUCUUAUCAAAGUCCCUACACUAUUGGCCACUAUUAGCGGUGCUGACUCUAGCCUCUGGUAUGUUCGGAAUAUUAAAUAUUAAACAAGCUCAACGCUCGAAACAAUCGAUUAAUGUAUCGUGAUCGUGUGGAAUUCGGGAAUGUGAAUUACUUUUAUUUCAGAUUAUGAUCCGGUGAGUCACAAAAUCUGGCAAAUUCCGAAAUCCGGUAUAUUCCGGAUUCCGGUUGUUCGGGAUACAUGUAAAUCCGGCGGAACCGGAUUUCACCGGAUAGUGCAAAAUCCGGCGGAACCGGAUUCCGGACCGGAUUCCGGCACACCCCUAUUAUCGGCUGUUAUGCCCCUUUCUGUGGUGUUGCUGCCGAUAUAAUCGGCGGGUAGCAAAAUCAGCAUUAAAAAUUUCUAAGAUUUAAUGUUUAAGGGUUAUGCUUUUAUUAGGACUAAUUUUGUGGGGUAGGGAAUUUGCUCAAUUUUAUUUUUUUGACUGCCAUCAUGUCUGGUGCUGCAGAGGGUCUGCCUCUAGAUUGCAAAAUGAACAUAGAUGCUAAUAUUGGUAAUAAUGACAGUAUUAGCUCUAGCAGUGAUGGCGACAUAAAAGUCAGAUAUUGACAAUUUUAGUUCAUUUUUGACAAGCAUAUGAAAAUGUUUAAGGGGCUUGACGCCACAGAAAAAUGCACUUGACUAAUGGAUCUAAGGAAGUUCAUUUUAAUUAUUAAUUCGCUUAAGAUAUUGCUUGCAUUACUAUCUAUUGGAUUGGAGAAAAUAAAUGUUUGCAUCUAUGUUCAAUUUGUUAUUUUUAAUUUCCAGGAAUGUGACAAUGUGAUACUCAUAUUUUCUGUGAAAGAAAGUGGAAAAUUCCAAGGUUAGUCAUAGUAAUUUUAAGUUUUAUCACUUGAAAACCUUUUAAUUUUUGCUAUACUUUUUUUUUUGGUGCUGAGUUUUCAACAAAACAAUCCGUGUUUAAUGUCUGUGAUAUCUUCUUUAACAAAACAUAUUUUUAUAACUUUCUGUACCUGAUUCGUAUUUAGUUCUUAAUGUCUUUUUGGAUAUUUUAAUGGAUUACAAACAUUUAAAAAAAUAGUUAAUUGGAAAAUCCUACUUUUGCCUUGAAAUUAGAUUUCUUUUGGGAUUAGAUCCAAUAUGUGUUGCCUUUUUAAUAAUUUUUACUAUUUUUAUUAUUUUAUUCAUAAUGAACAUAUGUCUCAAAAUUUUAAACUUCUUUAAACUUUUCAUAAAGACAUUUUAUUUUCAUGAUAAAAGUGCUUGAGUUGCAUAAAGGGAAAAUUGAGAAUCUUUAUUUAAAUACUUAUUAGAGGCAAUAUAAUUAAAAGAAUGGGAAAAUAGAAAUGACAGUGUGAUUUCAGCCCUGAACAAGCAUGCACUAAAAAAUUAAGAACAAUAGAGUUAAAAUCUUAAUGCUCUUUAAUUUCUUUUCAAAGUCAGUACACUUUCCAGAGAAUCUUAAAUCCUGAAUUAAAUUGGUUGUUACAGGUUUACUGCAUUGAGGUUAAUGAUAUUCUACCUUAGGCUGGACUCAAUUACCUUGUUAAUAUUGUCCUAAUGAGCAUUAAACAUUUUGCUCAGAUGUUUCAACUUUUAUAAACUAUUUAUAAUAAAUUAUAUAUUCUUCAUUAUAUUAGGGCCUACGAUCAAUUUAUUGAUAAUUCUGGCUGCUAUGCAUGUAGGGGGGAUUUGCAAUGUUUUUGUGCCUGGUGUUGACGAGGAUAUUUCACUGGUUGCAAGGGCUACUUAGUGACGGUAUUAUGCACUAGGGAUUGGAAGGCCUGAGGCAAUGGACGCAAAUUUGUCAAGUGUUGUCGCCUCAACUGUUCCUUUCGGAAUCUUGUUCCAGUCCCUGAUUGUCUUUGGCAGGAAUGAGCAGUUCCAAAACUGGCUUCUUGCUUGUAUGAGCCGGAACUGCCUCGUCGAUGACUAUGAGGGAAAGAGACUAGUUUCUGUUUAAUGCUUGAGCAGCUCAUUACAUAUUCUGGUAACAGUUGCCAACUCUAUGAAUUUAAGUAAAUAUUCUUAUUAAAAAUAUUAUUUAAUUGCAGGAUUUGCUCGCCUGGCUGAGGAAUCUACAAAAGACCACCCACCAAUACGUUGGGUUUUGCCACCAGGAAUGACUUCCAGGGCACUGAGUGGUGUAUUUAAAUUAGACUGGAUCACACGGUAGGAAAAAAAAAAGAUUAAAAGAAGUUCAAUUUUAUUUAAACUAAUUUAUUUAUACCAAGAACUUUAACAAAAUUAAAGGAAGGAACGUUUUUAAUAGAUUUUUAAAGUGAUAAUUUCUUACUGCUAAUUGAGAUUUCUAUAUUUUAAAAGGUCCUAAUGUAUUUAAGUUUAUUGUAUCCAUUAUUAUUUAUGUGCUUUAAAUUUAAUUUGUUCAUUUACUAUCAGGAGAGAUUUGGAAUUUAUAAAGACAAAUCACUUGUUUAAUAUGUGGAAUGACAACAAACGAGUUAAGAUUGGCAGAGAUGGACAAGUAAGUACCAAAUAUAGAAAGUAAUGAGAUAAAGCUUAAAUUGUCUGUGGCUUAACAAUUUUAAACAUUAUAAAGAUGUACUUGUGUUUGAAUAUGUAACCACUAUUUUAUCAAUAUAGUAGUUCUUGAUAACAAGAGUGUAAAUAAUCCUGGGUUCUAUGUUUUGUGCAUAAUAUAAAAAAAAAAGGUAUCAUUCGACACCUACUCAUAUCUGGUAAUACUAUUAAUAUAUUAAUGUGCCCAACAUAUAAAAUUCAUUUUUAUAAUUUUAUGUGUCCAUAAUUUUAAGUUAAUGUUCAAGCAACUAAUUACAAUGAUCAUAUAUUUAAAAAAAUUAAUUUCAGGAAAUCGAGCCACGGUGUGGAGAGAGCCUUUGCAAACUAUUCCCAGCAGAUGAAAAUCUUGAUAUCUCAGAAACAGUGCGUAAAGCAAGGAAAGCACAUGAUCGACCUGAUCGAGAUAUCCGGGAACGAGCACCUCGUGUAUUGGGCCCAAGGAGGCCUGCCAUGCCUUCUGGGCCUGAGUUUUCCAGGUUAGGAGCCUGAUAUGCUGGUUUCUACCUGUCGUGAAAUUUUGAUGAACUGUUGUCAAAUCAAAGCUCAUGGGUGGAUCUUACGACCCUCUGGGGCUAAGCCACUCUCCAGCAGUGUAAGGCUCCUCGUACCGGUCUACCUGAGCAAAAGAAAUGUUAGAACCGCCAGUGAAUAUCGCUGUUUAAAAAUCAAGUUGAUUAAUAUUAGUGACGUACCAACGUGGUGUUUAAUCUAAUAUAAGAGAGCAAAUAUGGUAAAGAAUUAAUACCAACAUGAUUUAUUGUAAUUGUGUUUUGAAAACCAGUGGCGUCAAAAUUUCUUCACUGUCCAAUUGUUUGCAAAUUCGGAUUAGCUUUAUUUUCACCUGCGUUCACCUGAGAAUUUUUCUAACCUGCAUCUUUAUCAAUUCAUGGAUUUUGGACCUAGGUGAUAAGAAAAUUUCAAUGGACUUUAUAUACAGCUGCCACCAAUAUUGGACACUCUUUAAAAAAUAUAUACAAAAAAAUUCAGUGACUGGGACUUACAAGUGCAGUGUUCUAGAAAGCUAUAAAGUUGGACUUAAAAGAUAUAUAUCAAUUUAGCUGGUUUAGUUUGUUGUAAUUCGCUAUUAGAGCAGAGUGCAUUUGGUAUAAGUAAAGUGAAUCAAAUGUUCAUUAUCUUGUACAAUAAUUUGUUGUGCACAGCUAUCAAUGAAUGUUGUUUCACUAAUAUUGUAUCCUCAGUUGCACAAGAAUAGGCUUUUUUAAUCUACAUCCUUAGCCUUAUCUUUAAAGAUAAGUUCAACAAAUUUCAACCAACUGAGCUGUUGCAUUAUUUAAGAACUGUUAAAAAUAGUUUGGUUUUAUCAAGACCAAAAGCAUUUGUAGAAUAGCCCAGUUUUAGUAGUGCACGUUAAACGGAUAAUCUUAAAAAUUCAUCUUCAUUUUAAAUUACAAUUUUAUAUGAUGUAAUUUUAUUUUAAUUUAUCUCAAUAUAUCUGGUGAUUUUGCCAAGUUUAGAGGAGUGUGAAAUUUGUAAAAGACUCUUUAUUAAUGGAUAUUCUUUAAAAAUAAAAAGGCUCGGUACCAUCAUGAACAGGACGAAAUGGUUUGUGAUAAAAGCAGAGUUAAUCAGGACAAUUUGUUUGUUUGCAAGGAGCUCAAGCAUUAAUAGAAAGUGUGAGCUUUUCUUAUGGUGCUCAAGUAAUGAUGCACACGUUGAACCCGGACGAUAAUUAUGAAAUUUGGACACACACCUGUGGGUUAUUAGAUUUGUUUCCCCAUUCCAAAAUUGGACUAGUUUUCAGAAAGGUUUUUUAAAAAAGGACUGAAAAUUAACCAGGUAAAAAAAGACAGAAAAUAUGGUCAUGUGUUUAAGGGGUCAAUCUGUUGAUUCCUGAAAAUUGGACUGAAUAUUAUUUCUGACUGAAAACGGAGUAAUUUCAAGUUCAUUCAUGCUGAGUGGAUGGUAUGCUUAGCACUGUGGUAUGAUUAUUGUUUGUUCUGCUUUGACUUCCAUUUCUUAAUUUCCUUAUGUUUUGUUUUGUCUCAGUUUUUUUUAAGUUGUUAAGCAUUUUUUUAAAGAUAAAAAUCAUUUCCCAGUUACCCUAAAAGCUUGCUUAGUGUACACAACUUUGUCCAAACAAAAAGAGUCACAAUUUUUUAAUUUAUUUUUAACUUUAGAGGCUAGAUCACUCUAAAUUAAUGUUUGGAAAAUUAGCACAGCUACUCAUAAAAUUUAAUGCCAGUUGAGUGAUUUUCAAUUUCUCAUUUUUAGGCUUUUUAAAAAAAAAAUUGUUAACUACUUUAUCACAACAUUCAUAAGUUAACAUUCAUUCAUUAAUUCAAAUCCAAUAUAUACUCUUCAAGCACCUAUUUUUUAAGUGAAAUUAUUUAAUUCCGCUCUACAGACAUAACCUUCUCAAAUUUCUUUUAAGCGAUAUCGAUUUUUACAAAUAAAAUUGAAUAGCUCAAAACAGCCAGUUGUUCUAGGGAAUAAUUACAGUUAAAUUUCUAUCAUUUUGAAGAUCUAGUUACCAAAAGCUUUGAAUAGAAAUAAAUAAUAUUUAAAUAUAGGGUUGUAUUCUACAGGGGCAGAUUAGGAUUCAUUUCACUUUUUUUUUAUUGAAGCCAUACCAAGUUCUAACAUUUGGUGCUUUUUUAAUUGGGUGGCGGCUUGUCAAUGCCUUAAUUUAUUUUACUACUAUUCUACAAAUAAUUUGUAACUUUAAAAGCAAAAUUUGUUUACGCUAUGUCUGUUUUUUUCUUCUGUUUCUAAAAAGGAAACUAUAUUUAAGCUCCUCAACCCAUAGGUCCUCAUUAAAGCCAAAACAUUAAUUUUAAAAAAGGGAAGGGCGCAAAAAUAAUGUGGGGGAAACAGCAGUCCCUAAGAUUAAUUAAAUUAUAUGUUGUAUAAAACAAUUCGAAAUAAUUAUGACUUCAAAUUCUUUAUUUUAAUGCUUAUAUGUUACCAUAUGUCAAUGAUAUAAAUUUUCUGCUCAUUUUUCGUGAGUUCGCUUGGGAUAAAAAGUUGGUAAAAGCUCAAAACUGUGACUUCACAAGUCCAACUUUGUAGUCAUGGAUAGAAAUGUUAUUACAAGAAAUGAUAUUUAAAAACUUUUCAAUUUAUGAAUAGCGGGACAUUGCUUUGCUAUCAUACCUAGGUGAACUGGUAAAACGUAUAACUCGGAAAGCAUUCUUUGUGUUAAUCUAUUUAAAGGCAAUAUUUUUAAAGAAAUUUUUUUAAUGGGUUUUUAAAUAUGUAUACCAUCCAGGUUUACAUUAAUGAAUUGCAGAUUUUUUUUUUAAUUUCCGGGAAAAGUGGACAAUGUAGGGGAGGACGAUUUGUAGAAAAUAUAGCCAAAAUUUUGGUAUUUGCAUUUUAGAAUGUUGUUCCCUAUUGAUCUCUGUGAUAGCCCUGGGGCGAAAUCCAUCUAUUAAUCUUGGUACCAAGAAUAAAUUGUAUAGUUUUAAAUUUUACAAGUAUUUUAAUCUUAGCCCUUUUCUAUCCUACAAUUUAAAAAUCUGAGACUAUUGCAGUUAAAUUGUGCUAUUUAUUUUGCUUUUAGAUAUAGACAAGCCUCAUCGAAUUGUCUGUUUUGUAAAACUUUAGUCUAGGAAAUCAAAUCUGUAUUGCAUUAUUUAGAUAAAAAGAUAGUUUAAAGAAAUAAACUCCUGGCUAAAUAUAUAAAGCUCAACUUUUGUGAAAUAGUGAGGCUACUGAUUUUAUUGAUUAAAAUUUAAAAAAUCUAUCAGAAAUCACCGUCCAAUUAAUUUAAAGUUCUACUGAAAUGAGCUUUGAAAAGAGAUUUUUAAACUUAAUUUACUCUGAACUCUUAAAUGACUGUAUUGUACCUGAGUCUUCCAUCUUCCUUUUAACAAGCGCCAUCAUCACUGUUAUAUAUGCCUUGAUCCACUCUUUCAAGCUCACUACACAUCUCCCCAGUUUUCUCUAGAUUCCAUCCCAAAGUGUUUAGUGGUUGGCCUCAUUUUCUUUUACUCUGGAGAUUGCAUAAGACAAGAGAUUCUUAAUUCGGCCUUAAAUUUUGAAGAUUUGAGACAUGCUGCAGACCUGUUUCCCCUCAAACCCUUAAAAUCGUACAAUAUCAUCAUAUAAUCGUUCAAUACAUUCUCUUUAUAGAGCAAAAACGUGCUGUAUAUAUAAUGUAUACACCUCAAAAUCGUACAUUGUACGCCAAAAUCGUAAGAGUAAACAGGUCUGAUGCUGUUCAAAUUUUAAAGUAAUUCUUUAAAGGUAGUUUCAACUUAUUUUAAGUAUCACACAUUUUAUUCUUAUAAGGUUAGAUAAUGCUUAUGAAUUAUUUCAUUUACUCCAUUUUUUUACAAAACAUAAUAUUAAAUAUAGCAAAAAAUAAAGUGUUCAUUUAUUUUUGCUAUAUUUAAUAUUAGUCAAAAUAACUAGUUAAAGGAACAUUUUGAAAAUUAUACUGUAGUGUAAAAAUAUCACGAUCUACUAAAGUAUUGUAGACAAAUAGAUAGAUAAUUAUUUAACACAAAAAUUAUUUACUCCAAUUUCCAAUUGGCUGUGCUUCACUGAUAGGUUUUAAGUUUUCCUUGUAAGUUAUUCCAGUAUCAUGUUUUAGUAUUUUAUAUUGAAGACUUAUUGAAUUUUAAAAAUCUAUUUUCAUCAAGACCUGAUUGCUCACAACAGCUCAAAACUCGCAAAACUCAUGCUUUUCUUUUUGUUUUGUUCUCUUAAUAUCUUAAUAUGAACUAAAUGAAUGGAUGUUAACAUGGAAACUAAUAUGAGAAAGAAAAAAAAUGUAUUUUUCAAUUGCACAAUAAUAGCUAUUUUUAAAAGCCUUUUUAUUACACUUCUCAGGUUUGUUUAUUUCAUAGUUUGUAAUUUUUUACCUUUCUGAGCAAAAAGGUUCCACUAAUCAUAGGAAUUCUGAAAUUUCCUACAGUAAUACACAGCUUAGUCUUAUGGUUUAUUUAAAUCCAUCAUAAGUUGAGGAAUCCUUGAUAUCCACAUUACUCAAAUUUGAAGAUAAAAUAUUAAGUUUCUAAAUAAUUUAGCCUCAAAUUAAUACUCAAUAACUCAAUUUGGAGAUGGUGUCGGUGGGUCAUCGAGCGUGAACUCUUAAAACCCCCUCCGGCACACCCCCACACGGGACGCCGCCGGGUUUCCCCACCGCCAUACCGUGCAGAAGAGUGCCAGAGACCUCCCCCUCAAGCUUAGGGAAUGUCCGGUUGACCGUGCACACCCCUCUCAUGGCGUGGACAGUCCACUCUCCGUGGAUCAGAACGGCUUUACUUCCUCUCCGGAUGAAGGGUGUUGUGUUACCCUCCUCCACCGCCGGGGAGUUGUUCGGUCUAGAUGUAGCGUGGAGCGGCUUUCUCAGGGCCGCGUAUUUUAAAUCCUCGGCCAGGGUUUUGUUGCCACCCAAGCCUCAUAUGCAUUAUCGGUGACAAGUAACCAUGUUAGUGCAGGUGGCCGGGAUCUUUAAGCUUCAGGAGUGAACCUCCCUACUGGUCUGCCACGCCACGAAGAUGCAAGAUCCCAUGUGACACCGCCGAGUCGCCUCAGUGGUGUGGGUCCCUGACCUAGAGGCAUUCUGUCGGGUCAUUCACGCAGAUUCCAUUAGUUCAUAGCAAAAACACACAAAAAAAUUGCAAAAAUCUGAUUUUUGUUUUGUUAAGAAAGGAUAUUGAAGACACACAUUUUUAACCAGAGGCAUCGACGGCUGAUCGAGAAGGAACGGUCGUUCCAAAUGCAGAACAACUGGGUGGCGGGCAGGCGACUAGAGAUCCUCAUUCAUGCACCUGGUCGUAGAGCUUGAGAGGACAGUCGACCUGCCUUGCAAUAGAGAACGCCUGACCCUAAUCCCAGUCAAUCUGCCAUACUUGGAACCCUCAUGUCCCUCCAUACAUUUGGCCUUGACCGAUGCAGCAGUGACGAAACGCAGCCCUGAACAUCUUCAGAAAGCGGCUACCCUUGAGACCAUGGCUGUGUUUUCCAACAUACCAGUGAAAGUAUUCACGGACGGCUCUGCCAAUCUGAGAGAAAGAACUGCUGGGUAUGGUGCGCUCAUACUGUAUGCAGCAGGGGGACCACCAAAUGAAUAACCCCCGGGGCCCUGUGGGGACUGCAGCAUCAAAUUUUGCGUAGAGCUCGAAGCUAUUCACAGGGCUCUAGAGAGUGUAUCGCACGUUAAAGGAGGCAGAGCUUGUGGGGCUCGAUGUGAUUGUGUACUUGGACUCGAUCUGCUCUCGAGAUCUUGGGAAAGAGACCAGGCACUACUGACUUAGUUGACGUCAUCAUUGAUGACGUGUGCAAAAUCAGGGAACUAGGAGGCAAGGUAACAGUGUGAUGGAUCCCAGGUCACAUCAACGCUAGUAGCAAUAAGAAAGCUAACACUGGUGAAAACCGGGGCUGCCCAGCCUCAGCCAGAAGUACUAAUAACUUAUUGGGAAUAAAGAACUGGCUGGCGGACCAUUUCAGGACAAAGUGGUACAGGCAAUGGGCAGACAACAUGACUGCCAGAGGUUUCUUUUCAAACUUGCCCACUCCUAGCAAACAGGACCCAUGGGGGUUAGGCCGCAUACAGCAGAGCUUAAUGACGCAGAUGCGUAUUGAGCACUGCCCCAUAGGCACAUACUUCUGGCGGCUGGACAACAACAGGGAUCCUACCUGCCAGCACUGCAGCCUAGUCCUGGAGACAUUAUCACACCUGUUAACAGAAUGUCCCUCUCUAGAUGUCCCCGGGAAAAUCCAGGGCAGUUGGAGAACCCUUUGUGAGGAAAAAGUUGUAUGGCUCAGCUCAGCAGAUGGAUCUGGUAGCCAAUUUACUAGCCGGGGUCAUAAGAGACAGACCUUCACCAGAUUAUGUGUGUUAAUAGCUUGGCUCCCUAUUAGUUGUUGUCUGACGCCACCCCAGGAUGGGAAGGGGUGUUUUUAGGGAUGUUAAAAUAUAUCCAUCCUAGUUACAAGAAAGUUCGAUUGCUGGUGCUGUGAGAGCAGCACCAAUCAGCCGGGUGCUCCUGGGUCAGUGACGCCCCACUUGCUUGCUCAAUUGAGUGGACAGUGGGUGGGGUUUUCCGGUGGUGGAAUGCUCUCAGCGGUUAGGUUUAGCCAGGCUGUGGGUGGAGGGGUAUGUUGGUAAAGUCUAAAGAGCUCUGGCUUGAUGGUCUGAUGCUUUUCUCAUGUGAUAAGAUUAGUAUCUUGGCUCAAUAAUUUAGAAGUUUUCAAAUAUAAUUAUAAAUUAUUUGUUUAAAAUUAAUAAAUGUAUUCAGAACAAGAUGCAGUCUUUCACUCAGAUUACAUAAUGUAAUAAACUAAUAUUAAAGCUUGGUCAUGAAAAUCAUUUUCCUAUUUAUGUCUACUUCAAUUUAAAGUUUCAGCGUUCCCUAAAACUGGUACCAAGGUUUUUUUAGCACAAAAAUAAAGCAGAUCAGAGUUGACAGUCAAGUUAACAUUAACAUUCAAAUUCUGCAGAAUCAUCUUCAAACAAUGGCUUAAUCACAUUUUUUAUAAGGCUGACAGUAAUCAAACACAUUUUAAAUUAGACUACAUUAUAUACACUGAUUUAAUUUUCAGUCUCUGUAGCAUACCAGCCACCUAGCCCAUAUGCGUUUUCUGUGCGUGCUUAUAAUUUUUGUAGUUACCAUAUUUACCAGAUUCUGAUGCGCCUGAAUUUGGCAUCUUUUUACAGUAGCAAUAAUAUUAUUAAAUUUUUUUUGGAGAGGGUCUAUGCUUAGCUUUAUUUUUUUAUCACUUUUCACGUUUAUUAAUAGUGUAAAUGAGCUUAAAUUAUAAUUGCAUGUGAUUAAAGUUAAAGUGUUCAUAAGCUCAUUUUUAACAUUAACGCAAAUGUAUUUUUUUUCUAUAGAUAUUUUUCACAAUCGUAAUAUUUAACCUAUCAAUUAAUAUAACAUUAACAUCGCAAACUUGACCUUCACUAAUUACACUUGAAUCCUACACUGAGAAUACAUUUAUUAUAGAACUGUUAGCUUCCCAAUGAAGGGUUAUUGGUUUUAAUAUUUUUCAAGUUUAUUUAUAUUUUCUCGCUCCCGCUUUUCACCCACACACUCUCUCCAUAUCCAUCUUGAUCUCUCUCUCUGUCUCACACAUAUAUAAACAUAUAUGUAUAUAUUUUAUUUAACUACACUUCAUAUGCGUUGGUUCAUGAGCAUACUUUUUGCUUUAAUUAAAUGUGCAACAAACAUUCUUUAAAAGCAAGCUUUACAAUUUUUUUAAAGUUGUUACAUUAUUUCGUUUGUUUUAAAAUUUAAUAUUACUUUUCCCCCAAAAUUGCCCCUGCUAUUUAUUAGAAUUCUGUUUUGUAUGGUGUUAACUUUUUGUUGUUGUUGCUUAAUCUUUGAUAUGUUUGUCCUUUAAUUUAUUCAAGUUUAAAACUUAUUUUAUGUCCUGAAAAAUACUCUGUAUUCUUUCAGGCUUUUAUUGUAGUUAGAUAUUAAGUAAUUUAACUUGAAUUGUUUAUUUUUGCUACUAUUAGACGGCGCCAAAAUAGAGAUGAGUUUUAUGAGGGGCCCACCCCAAGACCAAAACGAAGUCGUGGUAAUUACGACAGAGAGCGUGAGUGUUUUAUACACAAUCUAUUUGUCCGAAUAUCUAAAUAUUUCUGAUUGGACUAUUUUCAACAUUUAUUAUAUGUAUUCAUCCAUUAACAAUGAAUUAUUUCAUUUAAGUACCAAAAGAAAUUUGCAAAUCAUUACUGCAAAAUUAAAUUUGCAUAUCAUUUUUUUCAUGAACCACCUAACCAUUCUACAACAUUUCUACUGCUACUAUAUGAAAUAAGGCAGUCUUUCCCAACCUGUUUCUCUACCAUGCCCCACCACCACUACAAUUUUUGUCCCCCAAUUCAUAAAAAUAAGGAAGUCUUAUCCAGUUAGUAUUAAAUUACAUAAGUUUAUCUCUGAAAAGGGAUAUUUUAAAAUAGCUUUUUAAAAAUUAUUAAAUAGCAUCUCUCUUUUAUUUUUAACACACCGACUAUAUUUUAUUCAACUGAUUGCUCCUCUUAUUUAAUAUGCUUUAAAAUGUUUCCUCAAAGUUACCAAAUAACCUCCUCUGUAUGGUCUGCACCCAUUUUGGGAAUACAGUACUGGCAAUAACACAUUCUAAUCCCUUGAGAGCUCUUACUCCUCAGGAAUUUUGUAUUGUCCACAAUCUUAUAAACGUCUAUCUUACCUAUGCAGAUUUUCUUUAGGUGGCCAUCCAUAUUUUCUUGAUUAUUUAGAUUUGUGCCUAUGGCUGUGGAGCAGGGUUAGGUAAAACAUUUUCAAACAUUUAUGCCAUGCCCACCUUCUGUAAUAAUAAUCCUGAAAUUCUGACUUUUAUAUGUGGCAGAGUAGGCCACACUUUACGGAAAACAGUGUUAAGCGCCCAACACUGUAUUGGAAUUUAACCUCAGGGUUAGGGCUAGGAUACCGCACCAAGUCACACAGUAUAAACUGCGCCUCACCCAUGGCUUAGAAUACUUGAAAAUAUUGGUAACCACUAUGUGUGCAUGCUUUUGGUAUAAGGUCCAUAAUUUAUUUCUCUGGAACCCUAGUGUAUUUUUCUAUGAAUAAUAUCUAGUUGGAAAGGGGAUUUUAUUCGCUAUACCUUAGUAUAUUUUCAAGUCUACAUCGUUAAAGGGGAUUUUAAUAUUAAGUAAUUAAGGUAGUUUUCACAUUCAUCGGGGGGGGGGGGGAUAUGUCCCCAACCUCUUCUAUUUAAAAUAUCUCAAAAACCAUCGAACUCUUCGAAAUGUAAGAAUGUAUCUUAGAUAGCCGAGACAAAACUGAAAAGGCCACAUUUAUGUUUAGGGGUUUGGUCAGAGAUUUUAAUCUUUACUCAGGGUGUAGUCCCCAGGGUUUGUCAUUUUACCAGAGGCAAUCUGCCAGAAGACAAGUAGUAGACCAUCUUGGUCUUGGUGUUAUGUACAUGCUCUCUAGUCUUUUGCGAGCUAUUAUUUAUAGGGUCAGCUCUAAGGGUUUUUUUAUUCAUGGCUUUAAAUCGUAUUCCUAAAGUGCACCAUUGUUCACUGCAGCCCAUUUGGACGCUCUAGAUUGUCCUUUUUCUUUAGUGUUAGAGUUUCCCUUAAGCUUUUUCUUUGGCAUUGUAAUAAAGCUAUAGUCCUCAAGACCUGAUUUUCUCAAGUAUUCUAUAUAUUAAAAUUAAACAUAUUAAUAAACAUGACAGCCUCACCACAACACCACUCCGCUGCAUAUAGUCUCUCUAGUAAAGCCAACAAAAAUGUACCUGUGCGACGGGGGGGGGGGGGAUAUCUGGAUGGCCCCUAAUCAAAUUUUAUGUUGUUCAACUUUAAACCACUUAAUUUAAGAUAUCCUGUGCAACUUUAAGUUUGUUUAUUUUUUUUUAAUAGUCUCUCUAGUAAAGCCAACAAAAAUGUACCUGUGCGACGGGGGGGGGGAUAUAUGGAUGGCCCCUAAUCAAAUUUUAUGUUAUUCAACUAUAAACCACUUAAUUUAAGAUAUCCUGUGCAAAUUUAAGAUUGUUUAUUUUUUUUUAUUGAUUAGUAUUUCUGUUCAAUUUUUCCAGCUUUCUACAAAGACAGAAGAAUGGAAAGGUGAGGGAUUAUUAUUCUGUUCUAAUAGGGAUCUACACAAAUUUAAAGCAGUGGUUCUGAAAGCAUCAGAGCAUUUGAUGUAUUAGAAAAAAACUGUCCUUUACAAAAUGAGUUUGACAUAAAUAUAUCAACUGUUAAAAUUAUAUUGCAUUGCUCAAAUUUAUUGUAUUUUGUGCAGGUCACCAAGAUAUGCUGGGGUGAGAAGAGACACUUUUAUAAAUGGGGUAUGUGUAGGCAAGGGUCAUCACUCCACAGGCUGAGAACAAGAAUGAUAUCAUCCCCAGCAGGCAUUUACUGAAACAGCUACCAAAUAGCACUAAACAAAGAAUAGCAUUCUUUUUGGGUUCUUUUGUUUUUUCAUUUAUUUUUGUAAAAUUGCAGUACAACUUUUAAAACACUUGGAGGUAAUGGUUUUCUAAAAUUACUUUGAUGACAAUUUCUUUUAUCUGAGCUGCAAAUUCUGGUAAAAGCUAGUUAUAACUAUAUAAAUCACUUGAGCAUGUAAGUGGUAUAUUUUUGUAUUUAAAAUAACUUAAUUUCAGAGUUGAUUUGAUGUGUAAUUUUAAAAAUUACUUAUUUUACUGUUGAAUGUGUAUUUUGUGACAAAUGCAUGAAGUUAAUCAUUUCUUUUCAGUCCUAUUCUGAUUACAUGAGAGAAUUUAAUCAGAGGCCUCCACCACCUCAUCCAAUGGCACAGUUUGGACCUGUAAGUACCUAAACUUGUGGUUUAAAUAACUUUCUACCACCUCACAUUGUACUGUCUACCUGAUUUUUAAAUUAAGCUCUGUUAUCUACAAUAAAUUGUUGACAAAAUUAUUUGAACUCCAGGACCUGAAAAUCAAUAGAAAUCAUUAACCCUUUUGAUACCCUUAACAUGCGUUGUAGAGCAAAAACUGUGCCAUACAUGAAAGGGUUAUUGUACUGGUUAUGUUUCAUUUUUGCAUUUUUACGCAAGAACUUAAAAAGACAUUGAUUUUUCAUAAAGAAAAUAAUUAAUGGCCUGUACUUUCUUAGUACUAACAAUAAAAUAUGUGAGUUCAUAAAUUGGUGAUUGUGACCUUGACAUUCAAUUACAUUUAUUGUUAAACAUUUAUGCCUAUUACAUUUAGUGAUAUAAUUUAAACAUUUAUUCUGUGCUGAAUUUUAUUUAGUUAUGUUACUAUGUUUUUUCUUUAAAUAAAAAUCUGAGCAAAUCUAUUGAAAAAUUCUGUUGUAAGACCUUUACCAUACUUACCCUAUUCCACAAACCAAAUUGCUAGAAUGGCUCAGCAUUUUUUAGAAAAAAAACAUUGCAGUUGAAAGGUUAGUAGAAAUGCUGAGCAUUUUUUAUACACAGUAAUGUAAUAAUUGCUCUCUAAUACUUGACUGGGUAUAUUUCUUAUUUUCUUUUAUUCCACAUGCAAAUUAAUUUUAGCAACAAUGCUAUUUCUAUCACUAUCAUAGAUAUGAAACUAAAACUUUUUUUGUAAAAUUCUCAUGUAGUAGCUGCAAUUUUAAAUUUAUAUAAAUAUUUAAAAAAAUAUUUUUUUAGCCUCCUGGGUUCUUUGACCAAAGCAGCUUCAGUGCUCAGUUUGAUAGACCACCUAGAGGAGGAUUCUCCAUGGGACCCAGUGAUUUCGGCACCACAAGAUCGGGAGAUUCUAGUAGCAAAAGAUCGGUAAGUUGAAUUUCAGUUGAAUUUUAUUUCUCUCAACUUGGAAUACUAGAAAUGUUUUAAUUUUUUAAUUUAAAGUAUUGUAGACAAUAUACAUUAACUUUAAAGUGUUGAUAAACCCAUUAAAAUUGAAAUGGCCCAUUUACUGUUUUUUAUAAAAGUUAUAGAUUUCAUGUUCAGUCUUUUCUUUUCUUGUUAUGAUGAUAAGAAUGUGAAAGGAAGUUGGUCUGCUAACUUUGAACAGGUUUAUUUCCUCAACUCCUUAGAUAAAAUACCUAUGUGCACAAUCUAAUAUGAUACUAACAAAUACACAGUAUGAAAGGGAUGUGGAUGACUUUUUGCGUCGCACAACACAUGGUCUCAACUCGAAGCAUCGAAAUCGUGAUGACAGAAGAAGUGAGAGGGACCACGACAGGGGACGAGAACGAGAUCGUGGAAGAGAUCAUGAAAGAGAUAGGGAGCAUCGGAGUGAAAGGGACUAUGAUCGACGGGACCAGGAGAGAGACAGGGAAAGGGAUAGGUCGAGCCGCCAUAACAGAGAAAGACGAUGAUGGGACCAAAGCAUUUUCAUAUAUAUAUAUUCACAUUUCAUUUUGGGUAUUAUUUAUCAUAAAUCAUCAAGUUGACAAAUCAGAUAAAAAUGUUUUGUUAGGCAAGUGAUAUUCUCAAUGUAUUCACAUUCAAUGAUAAGUGCUGGUUAAUUUUUUGCAUUUUUUCUUUAAAGUGGUAAAAAAUUAACCUAUAAUCCAGUUAUACAUUUGUACGUGUCAUUUUCUAAUUAUCAUCCCACAUUAGUUUUGUACUAAAAUAAAAAAAGAUAGUCAAAAGUUGUUGUUUUUUUAUAUAGCAACACCAAAGCAUUAUUUAAAGGAAUUGAGAAUAAAAUUGUUGGUUCCUGAACUUAAGGUCUGAUAUAUUAGUUAUGUUGAGUGUGGUUACAUGUUUGUGUUAUUUUUUAUUUUUUUUAUUAUUUUUUUUUUAACUUUGAGUACUAUAAAUGUAAUGUUUUAUUGAGACAACUUUAUCAAGGAAUCUAUUUGUAGCUGUUUUAUAUUAUGCUUUGUUUUUACAUUCCUUAGAUUAUUUCAGUUAUUGUACAUGAAACUUAGCAUUUUACCGUAUCACUAUUUAAAUAAUAUGAUGCUAACUUUUUGGCAAUUCAAAAUUAUCCAACAUGUUGUACUGAAAUUUUUAAAAAAAUCAAUUUUGCUCCAAAACUGGCUGAAGGAACAUGACAUAAUCUCAGUGUAUGGUUAUUUAGUUUAAAACACAAGUGUAGUCUAUUACAUAUAAAAGAACAAAUAAAUUAUUUGGUUCAUUCAUUAGAUUCUCUUACAAAUGUUUUCAGUUUUAUUGUGUUUCAACCAUGGAUUGUAUAUUGUGUUGAGUUUUUUUAGGAAUUUAUGAUCCAUAUUUUGUUGUCUUCAGUUGCAAAUGGUUUCAUAAAUUGAACACAUAAAGUUGUUGUGGAAGACUCUGAGUGGAUCAGUGUGAAAUUGUUCUCAUUAUAAUAGACUCAGGAAUGCUGUCAUGCAAGAUUGUUUUAUUUUUUGGAUGACAAACUGAUUUAUUGUGUUAGAAAAUACUGUGCGAUACGAGACACCUAGCGUCCAAUGAUUGUGUGAUUGAUUCAAUUCAAAGUUUGAUAUAACAUUUAGUCUUUAUAAAAAUCUUAUGCAUUUACAGGAAGGUUAAACAGUGUUUCUAGUUCCGCUUGUGCAUGUCAGUUUCAGACCACAAUCCUAUUUGGUCUUGUAUUAGAAUUAAAUUAAAUUGUCCUUGGAGAUAAUUUAUAGAAAUAUGACAGAUUAUUUUUAAACUUUUUUUUAUGACAGAGUAUUUACUUAGAGUGAUCUUCACCAGUUUCAUAUUUGACUGGCAUGAAUUUAAGGAUACUGAUUGCUGAGUUUGUGAAUGUGAUAGUCAUGUGGUUAUGUGUGUGUGGUACCACAUUGUUGCAAGAGAAGACGGACAUGGGCAUAGAUUGGGUAUUGUUACAAUGCAUUUGUUUAUAUACAUAUAUAUGUUAUGUGACAUGGAACAUGUAAGGAGCAACAUGUGUUACAUGUUUUUUAUUUUGUAUAAAUGGCAAAAAUAGAAUUAUAAAAAAAAGGUAACAAUAAAAGUCCAUGCAUUUC